GCCUCCUCCUCCUGGGUUCAAGCAAUUCCUGAGUUGCUGGGAUUACAGGAUUCAGAACCUGUCAUUUAAAUCUUCUUGCUUGAAUCUGCCUACAAAAACUGCAGCCCUGAGUGAAUCCAACCAUCAAUUUCAUCGAAACUUGAACCUAGGCAGGCAGCUCUGCAGGGAAGUCUGUGCUGCCUGGCCAGACUUAGGGCUCACGUUCUGGUCAGAGUCAUGGCACCCCAGACUCUGCUGCCUGUCCUGGUUCUCUGUGUGCUGCUGCUUCAGGCUCAGGGAGGAUACCAUGACAAGAUGAGGAUGCAGAGAAUCAAGGUCUGUGAGAAGCGACCCAGCAUAGAUCUAUGCAUCCACCACUGUUCAUAUUUCCAAAAGUGUGAAGCAAAUAACAUAUGCUGUUCAGCCUUCUGUGGGAACGUUUGCAUGAGCAUCCUGUGAGUGGGAGAGUGGGCUGGGAUGUGCAUCCUGCUCCCUGAACCCUUCCAUCCGAGACUGUGCCCACAUCCGAAGCACAAGGACAUCAAAUCAUCAGCACAAGAACGUCAACAGGAAUGCCGCCCUCCCUGCUGUCUGAACUCCCUGUCCCUGUCAAAUAAACCAGAACAAA